AUUGAACCUACUAUUUUAAAAAGAAUACUACAACCUUGGCUCUACCCUGAUGUUGUAUUCAGUUUAACUGAAUUAGGGAAGCAGCUAAAGACACUUUUAAAAAUCAUGCUUGAAACUUCAGAGAAGAUAAUACAACGUAAAAAGAGCGAGUUUAUGAUCAAGGAGAAGGAAAGUGAAAACGGUGGACAUGAAAAUGGAAUUGGAAUGGAUGGUUGGAUUUAUGUAAAUAUGUAUGCAGGAAUGGAUGGAUGGAUGGAUAAACGGGAGGAAAAA